AUGGAUGACAAAAUUUGUAGAACGUUCAUUGCUUUAAGUAAUUCGUUUUCCAAUAAGUUGAGCGCAAGUGGAGACUAUCAAUUUACUAUGAAUGAAGGAAUUUUUAAUAAUUAUUGUACUAGUAACACAUGCAGUAGUAAUCUCGAAAAAAUUAAUGCUGGAUGUUUAUAUUUGUUUGAUGCAUUCUUUAAGGAUUCUUCUGUGUUUGAGUCUGUUGCAAAAAGUAACAUAAAUAUUGUUGAAUAUAUUAUGAUGUGGUUAAGUUAUGUGUUAAACCUAAUCAAAAAUGAACAAGGCAACAGCCUAGAAUAUUUUUAUAAUACAUAUAUAAAUAAUGAUAAGUAUAAAAAGUCUAUAACUGCUGUUACGGGGUAUAAUAGUUAUAAGGAUCUUAUAGAUCAAAAAAAAUAUUUUUUGGGUAUGGAUAGUAAUAUUAUAUUUAAUUUUUAUGAAGCGUUUAAAUUAUUAUGUGAAAUGUAUAUUAAUUUUGAUGAUACGACAUUAUAUUGCUCAACCUGUUCGAAAAAUGCUAAUAAAUUUGUUGAUAAAUAUAAAGAAAUGAAUCAAAACUCUGUUAUUAAUAGUAAUAGUUCCUAUAAACAACUAUUGUCUACUUUAUCAAAUGAUUAUAAUAAUUUUAAAAAUUAUUGUACUAGCAAAGGUGGUAAUUGUAAGGAUAUUCCAUCCCUUCCAUCGAUAGAAACAUCAAAAAUUACUGCAAAUUUACCUGAACAAACUAAAAAAACUUUUGAACCAACUGUAAAAAGUUAUGAACAAACUUCUGCACAAACAUCUGAAGUUACAUCAUCAAGUUUGUCGAUAGGAAACAAAUUAUUUACAGUUUUAUCGAUAUUUGGUGCAAUAGCAUUUUUUUUAGGAAUUUCUUAUAAGUAUUCGUUAUUUGGAUUUCGGAAACGAUCUCAAAAACAACAUUUAAGAGGAAAGUUAAAAAAAAUAAAGAAGAAAACUGAUCGUUAA